CUUCUAAGACACAGACUGAGCUCAAGAAUGAAGCUCCUGCUCGGUUUGGCUGUCCUGGUGGUGACACUGGGGGUCCUUUACUCUGCUCCAGAUGACAAACCCCCAGGCAUCUCGGAGGACACCUUAAAACAGUUGUCCAUGGAUGGCGAGAAACUUGUGGAUGAGGAGGUGAGGAGAGCUCUGUAUGGGGUGAAGCAGAUGAAGGAGGUGAUGUGGAGGAACGGGCAGAAGCAUGAACACCUCAUGAAGUCCCUCCAACACAGCAGUGAGAAGAAGAAUGGGGCAGCCCAACUGGCAAAGGAGGUGACUGAGAAGCUGGAGGAGGCAGAGGAGCAGUGCAAAGACUCCCUGCAGUCUGAGUGGGAGGAGUGCAGACCCUGUCUGGAGGAUGCAUGUAAAACCUUCUACACCUCCACCUGCCGCAGGGGAUUUGCCACUUUUCAUGCCAAGGUGGAGAACUUAUUCCGCAGAGUGUCCAGGCGCUUUGGCCCCCGUGAGCCUCGCACUGAUGCAGGGGACAUCCUGGUGAAUCAGGGCCCCGACAACAGUGACGCUGAGGUUGUCCGCAUCGAGGAUUCCUUCAACCGCCUGAUCAGCAAGGUGGGCACGCUGGUGAACCGCAGCGUCACCUUGGUCUCCAGGAUGAGCACCAGGCUCGACAAAGUCCUCCAGAGCGCCUUCCUGAACCACACAGAGACCCUGAUGGAGGAGACCACCACUGAUCCCUACGACCCCAGCCGUGACUCGGGCUUCCUGCAGGGUGUGGGGCUGGAGGAGGUUCUGGACUCCUUCUUUGACUUCGGCAAGAGCGUGGUGGAAGAGUUUGGGGCUGUGGUGACCCAGGUGUUUGAUGACCUCAAUGAGGCAGUGCAAGAAGAGAAGAAGAAAGCGAGGGAAACUUUCCCCCGUUUCCUGCGGAACAGGAAGUUGUGCAGAGACCUUCGCAAACAGACCUCAGAGUGCUGGCAGCUUCAGAACCAGUGUGAGGCCUGCCAGGGAGCCCUGCUCACAGAGUGCCCCAGUGUUCGGGAGCUGCAUGUGGAGCUGGAUGAGGUUUCCCAGCUGCUGGAUGUCUCCAAAGAGCAGUAUGAUGAGGUCUUGUCUAUUGUCCAGCGCCACACUGAUGAGACAGUCAGCUGGCUCAGCAAUAUGGCGAGUGAAUUCAGCUGGGUGGCUCAGGCUGUGAGCAACAGCAGCACUCCUGACAACAUCUUCCGUAUCAUCAUGGUGGCGCCAAAGAACCAUGAGGACCAGAAUUUAUCUGUGACUGAGACCAAGGUGGAGGUAAACAUCCUGAACUCUUCCCCACUCAUCCUCUCGGUUCCCGGGGAGCUGGAGCUGCAGGACCCGGCCUUCAUCCAGUAUGUGACCCAGGAGGCCCUGAGCAAGUACAAGGAGAUGGUCAGGUGA